AUGGAGAAGGAUGUCCCUGCACCGGACCCGUCCUGCCUGCGGAACGGGGCGGGGGGUGUCCUGUACGGGGAGUUCAGCGACUCUCAGAACGACAGCCUCCGCUACUCCGUGAGCCUGUCCGAGAGCGCGCUCACCAUCCAGCGGAUCUCCUCGUCCCCCGACCGAACUAACGUGGUCUUUAACUUGACGGACUGUGUGGGCUGCCGGGCGUACCGAGCCCCGGACAGCGGGGAUGUGGGCGCGUACUUUACUGCCUAUUUCUACCCGUUCAAGCGGCGUUGGAUGAGCGCUGGAGUGGCGCGCCAAAGAGUGGAGCAGUGUUUUCGGGUCGCUCUGGUCCAGGACCCCAGCGCCAACCUCCAGGAGGCUGAGAGGUGGGCUCGGGCCAUCAGAGAUGCCUCCGCGCUGCAGGCACCGAGAGCGGACGGUGCAGUGUACGCAGAGGUGAGGCGGCCGUGUCGGGUCAUGAUCCUGGUGAACCCGAACAGUGGGCGUGGCCAGGCCCUGCAGCUCUUCAGUGGGCACGUGCAGACCAUGCUCACCGAGGCGUCCGUCCCAUACAAACUCGUCAUCACAGAGGCGAAGAACCAUGCCCGUGAGCUGGUGAGGAAGGCCGACCUGACGCAGUGGGACGCUCUGGUCAUCUUGUCCGGAGAUGGGCUCUUGUUUGAGGUGAUAAAUGGACUGAUGGACCGCGAGGACUGGCAGCAGGCCAUCCAGACCCCCCUCGGCAUCCUCCCGGGCGGCUCCGGCAACGCCCUGGCAGCCUCCGUCCACCACUAUUCACAGGCACCUCCAGCGUGGAACGAGGAGCUUCUUCUGAGCUGCGGUUUCAUGCUGUGCAAGGGCCUGGUGGGCUGCAUGGACCUGGUCUCCGUCCACCUCUCCUCCAGACAACGCCUCUUCUCCUUCCUCUCCAUCGCCUGGGGCUUCGUGGCCGACGUCGACGUGGAAAGCGAAAAGUACCGCCACGUUGGAGCCAUCCGAUUCCUCAUGGGCACUUUGGUCCGCCUCGCCACCUUACGAGUUUACCAAGGCAGGUUAGCGUACCUACCUAUAGACGAAACCUCCAAAAUCCAAAAAGGGAAUUCUUCACCUAUGUCUCUUUGCUCGCCUCUACCUUGCCGUGUCAUUCCGAAAUCUCCGAACCAGAACUCCGUGUUGCGUUGUAGCAGCACCAACUCCAACCAGAACACCAUAAGCAAGACUUCCAUUGAAACUCAAAGCGACGGUAAAACCAAAGCGCUUUUACUGGACUCUUUGCUUCCGAGUUUGGAUCAACCAGUGCCCGAAAGUUGGACAGUCGUCAAAGAGGAAGACUUCGUUCUAGUUCUGGCCAUUUACCAAUCGCACCUCGCUGAAGAUUUGUGGACAGCACCUGGAGCUUUAGCGGACGAUGGCGUGAUUCAUUUGUUCUACGUGACCGGCGGAAUCUCGAGACCUGCCCUUCUGCGGUUGUUUUUGGCGAUGGAGAAGGGAGCGCACCUGGAUUGUGGUUGUCCGUAUCUGAUGUACGAAAAGGUGAAAGCUUUCAGGUUGGAACCGUUAACGCCGCAGGGGAUGAUCGCAGUGGACGGGGAGACGGUGGAGUACGGGCCGAUCCAGGCGCAGGUUCACCCGGGCAUCGCGAGACUCAUAUGUGGAUAG